AUGUUUGUUCUAACCCCACGACAACGGCUAAUAUACGUUGCCUCCAAGCACCUUCCCACUUGCAGACGCUUGCUCAGCACGCCAGCGGCCAAGAAAACGUCUCGGCUCUUUGGCCGGAAAAACGUGGCUCUCGUGUCUGGCGUGAUCAUUGUUGGCUCCUAUGUGACUCUCAGCCACACCAACUACUACAAGUUGGAUAGUGUUCCGUCGUCGUUGGGCGGCGGCAACGUGCCGAAACAGGCGCCCAAGGCAGGCGAAGUCUUGGACUCCAAGUAUUUUUCGUCCACCACCAGCUCCAUGCUCCAGAAAAACGGGCUUGGGGCGCAGCAACACAAGGAAGGCGUGUUCCUUUUGAACGACGAGCAGGUGAGCAACAAGCUCAGGCAGUUUGAAGAGUCGUACUACGUGAACCGGGGCAAAGGCGUCGCCCGGUACGACAUUUGCCAGCUUCCUUCCAACUCGCCCAUCGAGGACGACCGUGCCGAGGAAAUCGUCCAGGUGCCGAUCUUGCAGGACAACAACAUCAAAACCAGCACGGACUGGAUGUUUUUUGGGCGUGUUUGA